AUGUCUAAUACAACAAUAAAUGAAGAUACUACUAUACAAGUCGCUCUUCGAAUAAGGCCUUUAACACCAGAAGACUUAAUUAAUAUACCAGCACGAUUUCAACGUAAUGUUCUCUCCACAGCGGCAUACGCUCCAAACCAAGUCAAAGUACGACAUGAGAAAAAACAAGACUUUACAUUUGACUACGUUUUUGGUCAAGAAUGUAGUCAAAAAGAAGUAUACGAACGUGCGGUAACGAAAAUAGUUGAUAAAUUUUUAGACGGUUUUAACGUAACAAUUCUAGCGUACGGCCAAACUUCAUCGGGUAAAACUCAUACAAUGGGAACAUCUAAUGAUAUUACUUCAUCUCCAGAAUCAACGGGUAUAAUUCCACGUGCAAUGACUACCCUAUUCUCUGCAAUAAAUUCGGUUCAAUACAAACAACGUAAAUUUUCGAUGAAAGUAUCCUUUGUGGAAUUAUAUAAUGAAGACCUUAUUGACCUACUUGCUGAAAGUAGUGAUGAGGAUAAACCACAACUCUUGAUUAGAGAAGAUCCAAAUGGAAGUAUAUCAUUAAGUGGAUUACAAGAAAUUAAAGUUAAUAGUGUCAGUGAAGUUAUGGGCCAUUUAUCACGCGGUUCAUUAAAUCGACAAGUUGGCGCGACGGAUAUGAAUGCAAAAUCAUCUCGAUCUCAUGCUAUUUUUACAGUUAUUCUCUCCCAACAGAAAUUUAUACCUACUAAUGAAAUAUGUGCAAGUCCAUCACCUCUUACCCCAUCAACGAAUUCGACAACUACUGCAUUUUCAGAAACAAAAUCUAGGUCAAAUUCAAGAUUGAGUAGAAGGUUUGAGGAUGGUACUUGGGUUUCUGUAACUAGCAAAUUUCACUUUGUGGAUUUGGCUGGUAGUGAAAGGCUUAAGCGUACAUCAACAAAUGGUGAUCGUAUAAAAGAGGGUAUAUCUAUUAAUUCUGGUUUACUUGCCUUAGGAAAUGUAAUUUCUGUUUUGGGUGAUCCAACUAAGGCAAAGAACACAACUCAUAUCCCAUAUCGAGACUCUAAACUUACGCGUUUAUUACAAGACUCUCUUGGUGGUAAUGCGUUAACAUUAAUGAUUGCUUGUGUUUCACCAGCUGAAUAUAAUGUUGUUGAAACAAUAAACACACUUAAAUAUGCAAACCGGGCUCGAAAUAUCAAGAAUACGGCGAUAAUUAUGCAAGAGGAAGCCGGAUGGAAUGACUUGGAACAUUUACAAAAUCUUGAUACAUUGGAAAAUGGAAAUGACACAUCUGAUAGUCAAAUUCCUAAUUCAAAAACUCCGUUACAUAUCGAUACUAACGUUAAAACUGACGAAAACACUCAAAAUUAUAAAGAUAUUGAAGCUCUUGAAGAUCAACUUACUGAACUUCAACGUUCUUAUAAUGAAUUAUCUCAAAAUUAUGCAAAAAAAUCAUUUGAACUUGAAACAUAUCAAAAUAUUUCUAAUGAUAUUUCAAAUCCUACCUCUUCAUAUUUAUCAACCAUUAAAGAGGAGGAUGAAAUGACUUUUAAUAAAUCUCAAUUAACUGAUUUUCAAAAGGCUGUCAAGCCAGUUGUCAUGGAAUACGAAAAAUCUAUUACUUCUUUAGAAAGUCAACUUGCUUUUGCUCGAGCUGCUUUAAGUCAUACUGAAGCUUCAAUGAUAGACCAAGAGGCAAAACUUCUUGAUGCUGAAAAAUUCAGAGAAGAAAGUAAAAGUUUAAUUGAUGAUCUUAAAUAUAAAGUUUCAAAACUUCAUGAACGUGAAACAACAACUGAAUGUUAUAUUCAAGAUCUUGAAUCUAAACUUAAAAUUGAUUCUGAUGAAUAUAAAAAGGAUCAAGAAACAAUUAGUAAUCUCCGUAAACAACUUAUGGAACUUAAAGGAAAUGAUAAUAAUAAUGAAAUUUUAAUUAAUCAACUUGAAACGCGUUUGGCUGCACGUGAAAAUAAAAUAGAACUUAUGAGUUCAAAUACAGAAAAACUUGAAAAAGCUUUAAAUCAACAACAAAAUGCUUAUUCAAAAUUAGAAGAAAGUUACACACAAGAAAAACUUAAAAAUGAAGAUGAUAAAAAAAUGCUCAUGACAGAGAUUGAAGAUCGUGAUCGUAGAAUUUCUGAGUUGGAAAAGAAAGUCGAAGAAUUGGUUGAUGAAAUAUCACAUCUUAAACGAUUAAAAAUGGAUUAUAGAAAUUAUCGUUCAAAUUCACUUGCUUCGGCUUCUUCAACUUCAUCAGAUCAAGAUACUCCUCUUUCUACUCCACCUGAUUCGAAUACUCCAAAGUCAUCUGUAAAUUAUUCUUCUAUUUUAGGUUUAGAAUCAAAAUUAUAUCAACUUCAAAAAACUCAUGAAAAGACUGUCUUAGAUUAUAGUGAUAUGAAGAGUAAAUAUGCUUCAUGUCUUGAAGAAAUUCAAGAUCUUCAAGAACAACUUAGAAUUAAAUUUAAUGUUAAUAUAAUACCUGGAACUCCAUUAUCUUCUACUGGUACAUCUUAUGGUGAACUUGCAGAUAUAGAUUCAAAAUCUUUAUCACCAUCCACUCAUGGCACUCAUCGUAAAGCUAAAUCUUUAUCUUCUGAAUUAAAAGGGAUAGAAAAACGGGAUAGUUCUAAUGCUGCUAUGAUACAAAAACUUCAAAUUGAAUUAAAACAACUUGAAUCACUUCAUGAAGAUAAAGAUCAAGGUCUUAAUGCUGUUAAAAAAGAAUUUGCUCGUCUUGAAAUUAAUCAUCGGGAAGCUCUUGAAAUUGUUGAAGAACUUCGUGAAGAAAUAAAAAGAAGAGAUGCUCUUGCUCAAAUAGAAGUCAUGUCUGCCAUUGGAUCAGAGUAUACUAACAACGAAUAUUCUACAUCAACUAGUGAAGUUGAUCAAUUUGAGAUUGUUCAUCGUCUUCGUGAAGAAGUAGAACAACUCAAAGAAGAACAACGAAAAACUUUGGAAAGUAUUGAGGAACGUGAAGAAAAUGGAAAAAAUGAAGUUAAAGAAUUAGAAGCUACUAUAAAUGAACUUAAAUCUGAAAUGCAAAUAUUACUUGAUGAACAAGCUUUAAAGAAUUCUGAAAUUUCUGAUUCUACAUCUGAUAAUAAUGAUAAUAAUGAUGAUCAGGUCAAAGAAAUGCAAUUAACAAUAAAAUCACUUGAAGAUCAAUUAGCAGAAGUUAAACGACAAUUUUAUAUCGCAGAUGCUACUUCUCGCCUCGAAGGUAACAAUAAAAUAGAACCGGAUAUGGAAAAUUUUGAACUUAGACAACAAGUUGAAAAACUUCAAAAUGAAAUUGAAGCAAAGAGUCAUACAAUAGCUGCUUUAUUGUUCCCAUCAAUUGAACAUCAAAAUACAAUUCGUGGACUUGAAGAUGAACUUGAAAAAGUUCGAGAAGCUCAUCAACAAGCCAUUUUGGAAAAAUCAAGCCAAUUAGCUACAAUAGCGGAAGAAUUUGAAGAUAGAGGAAUUGAUGUUUCGGAAUAUUCUGCUGCUAGAGAGCAAACUUAUGAUAAACAUGUACAAACUCUUGAAGAAAAAGUUAAAGAUCUUGAAUCACAAUUGAGCAAAGCAAGAGAAGCACAACAUAUUCCAACACCUCGAACUUCAAUUCACUUUGAUAUUGAUCCAACACGAACGAAUAUAAACAGUCUUGAAGAAAAAUUAGCUAUCUUACAACAUGAUUUAGUUCUCAAGUCAAAUACUAUUGAAAAUUUAAAUGAAGAACAAGAGAUUGUAACAGAACUUCAAGAACAACUUCUUAUACUUAAAUCAGAUAUUCAACGUAAAUACGAACUUAUCGAAAUUUUAAAGAGAGACCUUGCUGAUAAGAGUAUGCUACAACAAAAAUUAAGGGAAAAAGAGGCUGAAGCACUUAUUUUCAAAACAAAACUCAUGGAAGUUAACAAAAAAGAGCAAGAAUAUGAAGAUGAAAUUAAAAAACUUAAAGAACAUUUAAGUAGAUUAGAGAGUGGUGAAGAUGUAAAUCAGGUUCUUCAAGAGGAAUUAGAUAGGUUGAAAAAAGAAAUUAUAGAAGUUCGUAAAAAAGAAUCUAUUGCACUUGAAAGGUUUCGUGUAUUGAAAGCUAAAUUAGGUUCGGAUCCUGAGGAAAAUCAACUUCAAGAUGAAUUAGAACGUUUACGAGUUGUGGAAAUAACACAAAGAGAAAGAAUUGCAAUUUUGGAAAGUAAACUUUCAGAACAAGGAAAUCAUGUUGAAUGUGAUAUUGCACAACUCCAAAAUGAUUUGUUGUUAGCUAAGGAAUCUGAAGUAGCACAAAAGAACAUAAUUGAAAAUCUUGAAGCAAAAUUGCGUAAAGUUGAGGAUAAAUCCCAAAUAAGCGCAUAUCGACGUGAAAUAAAUGAGUUGAAAACUAAAGAAACAGAUCAUUUGAAAAGAAUAAAUGAAGUAGAAUCUCAAUUAAAGGAACACAAUACUAAGGAUUUAAAUGAGGUUAACAAACUUAAUGAAGAGUUAGAGAAAAUGAGAGCUACAGAACGGGAACAACGUAAACACAUUGAAACCCUUGAAACACGAUUAGAACUUGUCAACGAUGAAGAUCCCAAUGUUUCUUCACUGAGAGAUCAAAUCGCUAAACUGAAAGCUUCAGAAUCAGAUAUGCGUAGAACUGUACAGGACUAUGAAUCAAAACUUGCAACAGCACAGAAAGAGGCUAAAAUAUUCGAUACAGUUAAAGAAGAAGUUAAAUUCUUGAAAGAAUUAGAAACUGAGCAAAAAUCCACAAUUGAACAAUUGCAAGCGCAACUUAAUAAACUUAGAACUUCUAAAGAAGCAGCUGUUAAUGAGCUUCAAACUAUAAAAGGAGGUUUUGUUGUUCAAAAGGACUUGGCAAUUUCCCUCGAAAAAGAAGUAAACUCUCUAAGAGAAAAAUUGGCUGCUAUAAAGAAUAAUGAUGAUAAAUCAUUAGAUGAUCAUGAUGAAAUGACCAAUGUGAUAAUUAAAACUCAAAAAGAACGUGAUGAUGCACAGAAGAUAGUUAAAGCUUUGGAAAUUGAAAUCGAGACAUUUAAACUAGCAGGUGUUGCUGGCAAUGAAAAUGUUGGAACUUUAAGAUCAGAACUAGCGAAUACUAAACUUGAGAUGGCGGCUCAAAAUGAAAUUUUGGUGGAUCUUGAUUCUCAAAUAGAGAUUAUGAACAAAGAACAUAAUCAGAAUAUCAAACGAAUUCAAGAGUUAACAGAAGCUCUUAAAGAAAAAGAAUCUAGCCAAAAGGAUGCCAUUAAGAACCUUGAAUGUACUUUAGCAAAUUUAAAUUCUGAACUUACUGUGGCUAAGGAUUCCUCCAACAUGAGCAAAAAAUCAAUUGCAACUCUUGAAGAAAAACUUGCUACCGUACGUUCACAAUUAAAUGAUGCUAAGGUUUCUGAUGAAAGACGUUCAAAUAUUAUUAAUGAGUUGGAAAAGAAAUUAAAGAAUACUCUUAAUAUUCUAACGGAUAAAGAAGAAAGUAUCACUAACCUUGAUGUUAUGGUCUCAGAAUUGGAAACCGUUAUACAAAAGACACAAUUAGAACUUCAAACAUCAAAGGCGUUCGAAGAAGAUGCGACCAGACGUGGAAAUGAAUUAGAAGCCAAACUUGCCGAAGUAACUUCCAGGUUACAAGAUACAAACAAUAAUAAAAAUGAAUUACAAGAUGUGAAAGUGUUUAAUGCGGAACUUGCAAAAAUAAAAGCUUCAGAAACAAAACAUAUAGAACAAGUUAAGCUCUUGGAAACUAAACUAAAAGAAGCUGAGGCACAUCGUGUUGAAGAAACAUCCAAACUUAAAAAGGCAAAUAAAGAAAUUGAGUCGCUUAGUGAUAAAUGUAAUCAAUUGCAAAAAGAACUCGAAGAUGCACAAUGGGAUUCUGUCAUUCAGAGUUAUGAAAAUGUUGAUGAUACUAUGGUUGAAGAUCUUACCAACCAACUUAAACAAGUUCACAAUGAGGCCAAACUUCAUCGGGAUCAAGUCGUGACUUUGGAAAAGAAAGUUAAGCAGUUAGAGUCUGAUAGGACUGAAAGCCUUGAACGAAACGCAACUCUUGAACAACAAGUUGAACAACUUCAAAAAGAUCUUGAAACAUUGGCUGAAGAAUUUUCGCAGACUGCAGCCAGAUUCGAAGAUACUAAUACGUUAUCAAAACUGCAAAAGCAACAAAUCAUUGAAUUGGAAACUGCUCUUUCAGAGGCCCAGAAAGUCACUUCCACAACUGAUAGAAGUUCUAUACGUGGUUCUGCAUCUACUAAUCCGGCUCUUGCGGAACUUGCUUCUGCAAAUGAAAAUCUGCGACAGAUCAAUGAUGGCCUUAAUAUUAAGAUUUCCAAAGCUGAAGAACGUGUCUCGGAAUUAAAUAUCAAAAUUAGCAUAUUGGAAGAAGAAUUGACUCAAUUAAGAUCAGGAAGUAAUAAUAUCAAUGAAGAAUCCGUUGAGAGUCUAAAAUUAAAGAUUCAAGAACUUCAAUCUGAUAAGGAUCUACUAGAACAAGCAAAUGAAGCUGCAUUUGAAGAACGCGGUAAACUUGAUCAUAAGAUCGAAUCAUUAAUGCAACAAUUACGUUCAGUUGGUGGAAACAAAGCUGCCCAACAUAUAUCACAAUUAAAUGAACAAAUUACUAAACUCGAAAAAGAGCAUGCUCAAUUAAAACAAGAUUCUUUAGACGAAAUUAGAGAUAUGGAAAAAGAGAUUGCGCACUUGAUAGAACAUAAUAAUCGUUUAGAACAAGAGAUCAGAGAAAUGGGUGGUAAUAUUCCAAAUGUUGACAAAGUUAAUCAUGUUAUGUCGGCUGUGCGGCGUCCCAGUAGAGAUGGCCUUACCAUGCAAAAUAAGAUCAGUCGUCAAGAUGACACAAUUACACAGCAAAACAUUAUCAUAAAGACCCUUCAAGAAAAAAUCACAGAACUUGAAAAUCGGUCUUACGAUGAGCGAACUUCAUAUGUUGGACCAGAUUUGGAUGCCGUUGGUGGUACACGCCUGUCAACAACAUCCUCAUCAUCUAAUUCAUCGGAUGCCAAUAACAAGAAAGGUCCGCGGCAUCCAAGUCUUAAUAAACCAUCACCGGUGCCUCCUCCAAAUCAGCCUUUACCACCAAUUCCUCAAAACUCUACACCUCGUAUACGAAGCAGAUCAGAUUCAAUAGCGUCAUCAGACCUUUCAUUAGAAAUUCAGAAACUACACAAAAAAAUUUCAGAAAUUGAGGGUGAAAAUUUACAAAGUCGACAACUCGUGGCAACCCUUGAGAAUUCAAUAAAUGAUAAUGAAACCAAUUUGCGUAUAGCAAAACAACAACUUACAGUAUUACAACGCGAAAAAAUGGAAUAUCUUGAUCAAAUAAAGAACUUACGCAAACAAUUGAACGAAGCAAAUGAUCAAAUGGAAAAAGCAAAAUCCACAGUACAAGAAGAAAAGAAAGUCAUGGAGAGUGUAUUGGAAGAAGAACGAAAAGCAAAGGAACGAGCAGAAAAGGCACGUAUACUACUCGAAAGUCAAAUGGAACAACUCAUGUCAAGAAAAGGCAAAUUUAUGUGUUUCUAG